AUGCCUGUUUCAACUGAUUUCUCUUCUCCCGUCUACUGGUCAAACCGAUUCGAAUCUGAGCAAUCAUUCGAAUGGUUAAUAUCGGAUCAAGAUCUACUUCCCUUUAUAGAAGAAAAUUUACCUCAACAAUUCUUGUUACCGUAUGAAGAUACAACACAAAAUGAAAAGGGAGAUGAGGAGGAUCAUCAGCAAUCAGCCAUACGGCCAGAAAAAACUUUGAAUGUAUUGCAUUUCGGAUCGGGUACUUCCUCGCUAGGUUCAUCACUACAACGAUAUUUCGAUUCAGCCAAAUCCACGUACAAGACGAAGGCAAGAGGAAAAUGUAAAGACAAAGUUCAAGUAUACGACUCGGAUUAUGUACCAACUCCUCAAUCAUCUCAUUCUUCGGACGUCGAUAUACCAUUCAUAUUGUUAGAUGUCUUGUCACUACAAUCUCUAAAAUCGAACACACCAGAGGAUCAAUGGGAUUUGAUAAUCGAUAAAUCAACUUGCGAUGCUAUAUCAUGUGGUGGCGCACUACCCCGUUUGACAGUCGACCAAGAGGAGGAAGAGGAAAACGGAUCUAUACCGAAUCCCAUAGAAAGAUUAUUAUACAAUUUAUCCAAAGUGACCAAAAUCGGUGGGAGGUGGAUAUCUAUAUCUUAUUCUUCAAACCGAUUCGAUGAUGAGAUAUAUACAAGAUACGGUUGGAAGUUGAUCAAAAAACAGAUGAUAUCUACUACUUAUAUACCUGGUGGGAGAAUCGUCAAGGAUCCGAGGAGUGGUGAGGAGAGGGUGGUACAUGAGCCUGAAACGGGGGUGUGGAUGUAUGUUCUAGAGAGGGUAUAG